ACAUGGCCGGGACCGGGAGGAAGCACCGGGAGGCAGGGUGGAUGCAUGGACAGGGGGACGAACCCCCUUGCACAUGGGUACAGCCAGGAGAGGACCGAGGACAGGGCAGGACAGGGCUGGACAGUCCGUGGCUGCUCUCCCGGCUGAGGGGGGAGGAUGAGGCCGUGGUUUGCAGGGGAGCUUGGGCUGUUGCGAAGCUUUGCCGUGUGCUGCGUUCCCUGUCUGGCUUUCUGAGCUCCAGCUCCAUCUCGCACCACUCCCGCGAGUUUUACCUCUUGUUUCUUCACCGGGAGCUCCCGGCCCCGGCUGCCCUAUGCAUGCUCCCUAUGCCGGAGAAAUCCCACCUGCUCUUUUUACUGCCACAGGGCUACAAAGGCGGCGAGGGUUAGAGCUAGAGCCCUGGUGCAGGAUGCUCCGUUUGCCAUAGUCAUGCCUGGUUUUCCCACAGAUUUAAAGCUUCGUUGGCUUUCAGGGAAAGGCAGAAUGAGCCAGCCCCGGACAGGGCUGUGCCGCCGCCCCGCUCCGGUGCACCAUCCCGGGUGAGCAGAAAUCAGCCUCAUCUCAGACUGCGGUCUGCCAACCUCCCUGCUUGUCUGCGGGGGUCUCUGCGGACAGGAGACCCCUUCCCUGUGGGACGGGAGCUCCUCGUGCCCGGCCCUGACAAGGUUUGGAGCAGGGAUGGCCACCCUAGACACUCGAAUGGGUGCAAAACCACAUGCCCAAGCCUGUUGCACGAGCAGCGGCAUUGCGUGUUCCUGCUGCUCGCCCUUGGAAUGGUCCUGCUGAGCCCUGAGUGUUCCCUAAGUGCGUUAUUCCUUCCCACAAAGGACGGACACCUCAUCACUCCCAACUCUGUGAGCCGGCAGCCAAGUCAUGUGCUCCCCACACCAUGUCCCACACCUGGACCCCCUCGCCAGCAUGCCCAGACCCUUCCCACCCGGGCAAAGGGACAGCGCUGCCCUUUCCUCCGGCCGCACUGUCCCGGAGGCUGUGGGAGCUCUCCCCAUCUCCUGCGCUGCAGGAAGAUGGUCUGGGGCAGAGAUGGCUGGGGACGCCAGAGGAAGCCGCCGUUCCCUGGGGAUCGUGGUGGGGGAUCGGGGUGGCUGUCCUGCUCCCAGGGCUGGUCCCCCGGGUUGAAGCCGGCAGCAAUGCCAGACCAUGCCAGUGCCGAGCCGUGCCGGGCGGGUGGGUGACAGUGGGUGACGUCGGGGAGCAAACCGAAGGGUGCCCGUGGCUAAUCAGCUCGCACCCGCCGUGUUUGCCCAGCAGUGCCCGGGUGACUGCUGCUCCCGCCCCGCGUUGCCGCUGUGAGUGUUCAGGGAGAGGAGAGGGAGCUGUGCGGAGCCGGAGCCGGUGCCCAGCUCCGCCCCUGCAGGGAGCCCCAGGGCUGCCGGCCCGGGGAGAGCGGUCGGUGACAGCCCUGCCCAGGCUGGGACACUCUUCUCGCCAGUGCUGCACCCUGCCAGGAGCUGGGGACACCAUCUCAGCACUGGGGACAGCUCAGAACAGGGUGCUCAGGGCAGGGGGCAGGGAGGGCUCCGAGAGAGAGACCAGGAGCUGCGGUCACUCCAAAAACAGGAGAGGGGGACAGCUCUGGAGCAGGGCUGUGGGUGUCCCCAAGCCCAAUGACCAUUGUCCCACUCCCUGAGUGUCCCCAACACCGGUGACAGAGUCUGGGUGCUGUGUCAGGCCCCUGCCAUCCUGUGCCCUUCAGCUGUCAGGGGCAGGCUGUCCUGUGUCCUCUGGCCAUCCUGCGUCCCCAGUCACCCUGCAUCCCCCAGCCAUCUGUGUCCCCUGGCCGUGGUCUGUGCUGCCCCAGAUGACCCCGCUGGCACGUCCUGCUGCCAAGGCAGAAAUGGCACCUCUGGCACAGCGCCUCUGGGACCUGAGCUGAUUGUCAUCGUCCCUGUCCUCACAGGGGAGCUGCUGUGGGGGUCAGCACGGCCACAGGCCAUAGCACAGACACAGGACACACAGGGUGAAAAUGCUGUCAUCCAGGUGCUGUCCUUGCCGUGGGGAUGGCUCAGCCACUCUCCACAUGGCAUGUUCACCUUCGCAUCCACAGAUUCCAAAACCUCUUCCAGGGCUGGUCGGGGAGCCCAACAUCCAUUUCAAAGGAGCACAAGGCUGGAGAUGGGUGGUCUGAACUGCAUGAGGGUAGUGCAGCACCUGGGGGUACCUCACGGAAAGGCUUUGCCCACUGCAGCAGCAGCCCCUGUUUGCAGAGGCAUCGCUCGAUACGCAGUAUGUUCUUCAGAAGAUCCCUACUCCAGGAGUCAAAAUAGCAUGAAAUUUAAUUUUACGCCUAUUUGACAAAGCUUGAUUUCGCCUCCAAUCAGCAGGGAGAUAAGAGCCCUCGGCACAAGUGUGUGGGCAGUUUGGCAGCUGGGGCUGCCGAUUUAAUAGGUGAAUUUACAGGGACAACACUUGAAAAUCCCCUGGCUAGUGAACCAUUAAGGUGAGCCCUGCCUUCCGUCCCCGCGUCCCUCCCCGCGCCGCUCUCCCGUUGCUGGGUGCUAAAGCAAACCCCAGCUCUGUUUACCGAGUCUACUAUUACAAUACGGCUACCAAAUAUUUGCCAGCCGUCAGCUCGCUGCUCCGCUAUAAAUACUUCAGGCCCAGGUGGAGGGACGGGCAGGGGGAGCGGCGCGGGAGCCUAUGCAUGGCCGGGCGGCAGCGCCAAGGGUGAGUCCCGGGGGUGCCUCUGAGCGCUGACAUGGCUGCGGGUGUCAUCCAGCCCCUGGCCGAGUUGCGGCUGCCCUCGCCCUUCCCACACGGCCUCCUGCUGCCCACGCACCCUGAACCUGACUUCCCCGACGUCUCCGAGGAGGAGGAGGAGGAGGAAGAAGAAGAGGAUGAAGAGGAGGAGGAAGUGGAAGCAGUGGAGGAGAGCGUGAGGCCGGAGCUGGCCGGUGUCUCCAGCACUGCCGAGACCACCCUGCGUCUCCUCAAGUUUUCGGAGCUCAUCAGCUGCGACAUCCAGCGCUACUUCGGGCGGCGGGGCCGGGAGGAGGCCCCCAGCAGCUGCCCCGUGCCCGAGGACUGUGGCUCACCCCAGAGCACUGAGGCUGUGCCCGAGGCCGUGGUCCCACGGCGCAGCCCGGGGGCCACACACAUGCUGGGGCCGCUGGCCGAGCUCUUUGAGUACGGCGUGCACCGGUGCCUGCCCGCCCGGGUGGCCGGCAGCAAGACACAGCGGCUGGAGAGGAAGUAUGGCCACAUCACCCCCAUGCACCACAGGAAGUUGCCACCCUCCUUCUGGAAAGAGCCAGGCCCAGGCCCUGCCAGCCUCCUUCACGCUGGCACCCCUGACUUCAGCGACCUCCUGGCCAACUGGACAGUGGAGCCAGGGCCAGAGCUGCCAGGCACUGGGCGGGAGCUGCCGGGUCGCCUGGGGCUGGAGGCUGAGCCCUUUGCUGGGCUGUGACCCCACUGUGGCCCCAGAGCCCCCAGUCCCGCCACGUGCCACCCAGUUAAUGAUAAACCUGGUGGCCCCAGUGCCAGCACCGGGGCACUCAGAGCUGCCGGGUCGAAGCUGGUGAUGGGACGAGUGAAUAAAUGACUGCUGCCAGGCA